AGGUUCUGAGCCAACCUUAUCAGAUUUGAAGGACUUACAAUGCCCAAGUAAAAAUCCGUACAUAUGCUUGCCGUAUGGCAGGUGCUGCGCGGCUCACGAGUUCUGCCACUCGGGAACGUGCGAGACCUGCUUCCCGGUGGACGUCAAGGAAGAGGACCGCCUGAGUUGGUGCAUCAAGUACGGACAGCACGACGUGAAGCUCAUGCGACACGACUCUUGCUCUCUCGCCUGUCAAGCGAAAUUCAACUCCUCUGUUCUCAGCGGCCAAAAGCCUUGUGCUGGUUUGUGCUACUGUAAACAUGUGUUGUACGAAUGCUUUUUAACAUUUAAAAAAAAAAAUAAUAAUUCAAGCUAAACUUCUCUUAGUAGGAUUACAAAUUACAGCUUUAACAAAAAAUUUUUUAGAAUUUAUUUUAUGAACACAAAAAAAAAAAAACCCCACAAUAGUCAGCUAAUUGCUACAAACUAUCAAGUAGAAUAACCCCUUUAUUUUUGAAAGAUAAAAAAAAAAAUAAUAAUUCAAGCUAAACUUCUCUUAGUAGGAUUACAAAUUACAGCUUUAACAAAAAAUUUUUUAGAAUUUAUUUUAUGAACACAAAAAAAAAAAACCCCACAAUAGUCAGCUAAUUGCUACAAACUAUCAAGUAGAAUAACCCCUUUAUUUUUGAAAGAAUAUGGAGUUGCCAAGACGAUAAAUUAAACACAAGUAAUAAAUAAUUCCUCUCUAGUCUCUGACGUAACAACACACAAACCAAUCCAAGAACUGUCCUGUCCAGAUGACAGACCAAAUUAUUGGCCGCCAGGAAUUUGCUGCAGGGAUGACGAGUUCGGCCAGGAUGGGAGGUGCGUCUCCUGUUUUCCAGACGACAUCGGUGAAAACGACCUACUGAGCUGGUGUCAGACCUUGGGUCGGACCAACACGACCCGCAUGCCCCGCAGCACGUGUAGAUUUGCAUGCAAUGCACGAUUUGAACCUUCACAGUUACUCGUGAUUAAUGGUAAGUGCAUUUGGACAAAAACGAUCAAUAAAAAUGACAUUUUUUUUUUUUAAAAUAAAUUUUAAAGAAUAAUUAAAAACAUAAUUAAAAAAAAGAAAUAUAGACAGAAAAAGAGUAUUAUUUUUAUUAUGGGACAAAUAAUAAUAACUAAUCUAAAGUGCAUACAAAAAAAUGUGGUGAAUUAUUAUUAUUUUGUCCCCUCAUUGUUUCCCUAAUCAAGAUACAGUUGACGGUUGGAUGGUAGCCUUUAUAAUAACCGCCAUCUUAUGUGCCGGUUUGUUAGCAGUGAUAUGUUUGCAGGACAACUUCUCGAACAAGACCAAAACGGAAAAGAACGAACAAGAAGUCGGUACUAAUGGUAAGCUCAAUUGAGAUGGUGCUAAUGCGCCUUUUGUAAAAAAAUAAAUAAAUCCAUUAUAAUUGCCUACAUUAUAAUUGCAUACAUCGGCGUAUCAUUGUUGACCAGGCGUGUCCGCCCCACCCCUUCUUGGGUGGGGGCCCCUUCUUGGGUAAGGUAGGGGAGGGAGGCAAAGCCAGGGCACAAAGCCCAGGAAAAAUCAAAAGUAUUUGCAUUUUUAUUAGCAGCAGCAGCAGCAGAUACUUUUGUGGUGAAUUUUGUUUGCAUCUUAGCUACAGGGGCAUUUCUUGUAUGGUUUCUGGCACUUUAAUUAAACGAGGGAAACUAUCAUAAACAAAUAUGCUUACACAUACAUACACACAAACACACAAACACACACACAAACAAACACAAACACAGAUAUAUAUUACAAUACUUUUGAUCCAGGCGGGGUGGUUUGCAUAUUUUUUUUGAAAUCAAGAUGGGGGGGGGGUAUAUGGCGAUGUAACAUUUUUGAAGACAACCUUCGUGUUCACAGUGCACAGUGACUGGCAGAUGUUUCUAAACAUAAAAUGAAUGUUUAUCGUAAGUGUAUGUAAAAAUAAGAAAAAAAUGAAUUCCUGUUUUUAAGUAUCGUUGGCAAUCCAUUUCAAAAUAAAAUUGUAUGUUUAAACAAAUUAUUACAUUUCCAUUUCCUCAGAUCAUAUGACGCCACCCAUUGAUAGACGAAUGCAGCGCAGUCUCUCACACGAAGAAAGAUCAAGGUCUCUGUUAUCACUGAGAGAGAUUUCAACACAUGAAAAUUGAUAAAAAGAAUUUUACAGGGGUUGGGGAAUACAUAAGCGUAAAAAAAUAAUUUAGCGAGUUUUAACAUGUGCGUCAUAAACAUAAGAAGUUGCUGACAAGGGUGGAUGUCCUGUGUCUUAGCCAGCAGCGUCGUCGCUCUCAUUAUUUGUCCGUUUCCAUUGGAGUGUUUGUCCUACUCACUUCGAUAUUAAUUACGACUAGUUACGACUGUCACAGAACAAAAAUCAUGUCAUUGAAAAGUACGGUAGUGUGGGCUUAAACAUGUCUCCAGUUGUCAAAAUGACGUUAUGCGACAGCUUUAGAAUGUAAAUUUUGUUGCAUUCAUUUUUUUUUAAAAUUGAGUCAAAAACAAGAGUUAUGAUUUUAAUCGAAAUGAGUAGUCUUCUUUUUCUUCUUCUACUUAGCCUUUCUCACUCCAAAUGGAGCAUAGGCCAGCCACUAGAAUUUUCUAUCCGUCCUUGUCCUUCGAUAUCUUUGCUAGUUCAGCCCAACAACUUUUUUUAAUGCUCUUCACCUCUACCCCUAAUCCCCUCUGCCAUGUGUAUGAAUGGAACAACAUCCAAUAUAACAAUAAUAAUAAUAAUAAUGAUAAUAAUAACGUUGACAUUUUGUCAUACAAUUUUAAGCUUAUUUUAAAAAAAAAAUAAAAAAAUUAAAGGUCUCUUCUUAUCUUGAAAUUUUAUUGCAAAAAUUCCAACAGUGUAUUCAAUAUGUCAAUACAUUAAAAUUGAGAUAUCAAUGAUAGAAUAUCUAUAGCCUUCAAAUUGUGGAAAAAGUGAAACGAACUAUAGACGAAAGUGAAUGGCACAGAGGGGAAAAAUAACAGUUGUAAGAAUUUACAACACUUGACUGUCUGUUAGAAUAUGUCACUUGUCUGUUGGAAUAUGUCACUUGUCUGUUGGAAUAUGUCACUUGUCUGUUGGAACAUGUCACUUGUCUGUUCGAAUAUGUGUCUAUUGCCUCAAGCCUUCAAACCCCUAGUGCAUAAUUUCCUCAUCACCACCAGUAACAGAAACAUUGCAAAUCCCAUCUACAUGCAUAGGAGCCAAAAUGAUCAAUAAAUUGAUCGUGGGCCCUUAAGAUAUAGAAGAAGAAGAUAUGGCACUUGUCUGUUGGAAUAUGUCACUUGUCUGUUCGAAUAUGUCACUUGUCUGUUCGAAUAUGUCACUUGUCUCUUCGAAUAUGUCACUUGUCUGUUCGGAUAUGUCACUUGUCAUGGAUAAUUUUUAAAAAGUCCCGUGAUGUUAAUUGUGACUGUGGG